AGGUUGUGAAGAUUACUGGGAUCAAGGACAUGGGGAAGACCACAACUGUGCUUGUUCGUGGCUCGAAUCAGCUUGUGCUCGAUGAGGCGGAGCGGAGUCUGCAUGAUGCUUUGUGUGUUGUUAGGUGUUUGGUUGCCAAGAGGUUUCUCAUUGCCGGUGGUGGGGCCCCGGAGAUUGAGCUUUCCAGGCAGCUGGGUGCCUGGGCUAAGGUGUUGCAUGGGAUGGAGGGUUACUGUGUGAGGGCAUUUGCUGAGGCACUUGAAGUUAUUCCUUAUACUUUGGCGGAGAAUGCUGGUUUGAACCCCAUUGCCAUUGUUACUGAGCUGAGGAAUCGUCAUGCGCAGGGUGAGAUAAAUGCUGGAAUCAAUGUGAGGAAGGGUCAGAUUACGAACAUCUUGGAGGAGAAUGUGGUGCAGCCACUGCUGGUGAGCACGAGUGCGAUCACCUUGGCAACUGAGUGUGUGCGGAUGAUUUUGAAGAUUGAUGAUAUUGUAACUGUGAGGUAGAGUUGAUUGAACAGUAGUGAGACAUUUGGAGAGAUACAAUCAUCUAUUAUCUUUUUUCUUUCGUGCUUUUGUUUUACGUUGGUAGUUUAUGUUCAUUCUGGCGACAUUGGUUAUAAGUUAUUUUGACUUGGCUGCUACUGUUGUUUACAAUUUUGAAUGUCCUUGUGGAUUGUGAUGCUUGCUCAAAUCAUCAGAAGGCUUCUUUAUGUGUGUUGGGAGUUUAUCAAUAGUGGAUAAUUUUUCUGAGCACCACUGCUAA